AUGCACACGACAGCUCAACUGGAUAGUCUGGAGCAGAAGCGCUCGGCCAGCCUGAUCUUUCGGAUUGAGCAACUCCUGCCCAGCACCAGCAUCACACCGAGCACCAUGACCACAUCAUCGACGGAAACGACAUUGACGGCCACCACGAGCACCGCAAGUCCGGCCAAGCGGAUGAGGAGCAGUCCACGACCAGGUGUUUAUACCACGCAAUACACGCCCAAGGAUACCUGCUCCACUACCAUACCCACGUCCGCUCUGCUGGGAUCUACGCUCAUGCCCACGGACGGCGGACGCUCCCACUGCCAGCUGUCCAAUGGCGAACUGAUCGUAUCCGCCUCACUGUUGCGACAGAUCAAACUCUCCGAGGACGUGUAUAGCUUCAAUGCCAUCUUCGAGCUGCAUGGUGGCCAGGUGCGCGUCCGCUUGGUCAGGGAUGUUGCCCGGGAGGACGAGAUCGUGGCCUGGUUCGGCGAGGAAAUGGUCCUCCUCAUGGGCAUUCCCUUCUUGACGCCCCUAAACAUUCAAGGAAACAGUCGCUACAUGUGUCACCUGUGCCACUUGACCUUCGAGACUCCCCAUCCCCUUAAGAUCCAUUUGGCUCUGGGCUGCGGCCGCAGUGCCAUGGACACCCUGUGGAUGCGACUGCACUACGCGCUGAAGGCGGCGGCAAGGAGUCACACGGAAACGCAGCAUUCACCCAUUCCGGCGACCUCGUCCACGUCUUCGGCCUCGCCCACCCAUUCGCCACCGCCACAGAUGCCACCCCGGUUCUCUGCCUUCCGCCCCAUUGCAGCACUUACCCAGAGUUUGCCCUUAGCACAAGUGACCACGGCAGCAACACCUCUAUCCUACCUGCCCUCCAUAUCGAUGGCGACGGCACCGUUGUCGACGAAUCCAAUGAACGCAGCUGCCCAGAUCGAGGCCAUAGUCAGCAACAUGGGUGCCUCCAAGCAGGGUCAUCUGUGCAUCUACUGCGGCAAGGUGUACUCCCGGAAAUAUGGUCUCAAGAUUCACAUACGCACCCACACCGGAUUCAAGCCGUUGAAGUGCAAGUUCUGCCUACGACCAUUUGGUGAUCCGAGCAAUCUCAACAAGCAUGUAAGGCUGCAUCUCCAGUCGCAUCCCAGUAGUUCCACGGGAGGAGCCGAUGGUGGAGCAGGUGGUACCGGCAGCGAUGUGGACAUCGAAGGGGAAACGGAUGCGGAUUACCAGUGCCGCAUGUGCCACAAAACCUUUCCACGGCGCAGGGAUCUGCAGCGACACAUGGAGACUCGGCAUGGUGGACACCAUUCGCAAUCCGAGUCCCGAUCCAGCUCCACCAGCACCUCCAGUACAACCACAAUGACCGCAACGGUGACCACGUCUACUUCAAAAUCCAGCUAG